GAUGCUUGCCGAGCGGUGGCGUUGUUCGGGCGAGCCGACGACGAGAUCGUAGCUGUCUGGAAUUCUGUCUUGAGAAUGGCUGCCGCUGAGGUGAACGGUAGCUCUGCCCCGGCAAAGGAGGAAGAAGAACCCAUGGAUGUGACGACAACACACACAGAGAACUAUCAGACACUCCUUGAUGCUGGGCUGCCCCUGAAAGUGGCCGAGAGUCUAGACAACAUCUUCCAGACAGGCUUGGUGGCUUAUGUCGACCUGGACGAAAGAGCUAUUGAUGCAUUGAGGGAGUUCAAUGAAGAGGGAGCACUUACAGUGCUGCAGCAGUUCAAAGAGAGUGAUCUGUCUCAUGUACAGAACAAAAGUGCUUUCCUUUGUGGAGUCAUGAAGACCUACAGACAGAGAGAAAAACAAGGAAGUAAAGUACAAGAGUCUACCAAGGGCCCAGAUGAGGCAAAAAUAAAGGCUCUGUUGGAGCGGACAGGAUACACCCUGGAUGUCACAACAGGGCAGAGAAAAUAUGGAGGUCCCCCACCUGAGGAUGUAUUCAAAGGAGCACAACCAGGGAUUGGAACUGAGGUGUUUGUUGGAAAAAUCCCCAGAGAUUUGUAUGAAGAUGAGCUGGUGCCGCUCUUUGAGUCUGCUGGUCCAAUCUGGGACCUGAGGUUAAUGAUGGACCCUCUAUCUGGUCAGAACAGAGGUUAUGCCUUCAUCACAUACUGCAAUAAGGAUGAUGCACAAAAGGCUGUGAAGCUUUGUGAUAACCAUGAAAUCCGCCCCGGCAAGUACUUGGGAGUGUGUAUAUCUGUUGCAAACAAUCGUUUGUUUGUCGGAUCAAUUCCAAAGAACAAGACAAGGGAAAGUAUAUUGGAGGACUUUGGCAAAGUUACAGAGGGUCUGCAAGAGGUGAUAUUGUACCACCAGCCGGAUGACAAGAAGAAGAACCGUGGCUUCUGUUUCCUAGAGUACGAGGACCAUAAGUCUGCAGCACAGGCCCGCCGCCGCCUGAUGAGUGGCAAGGUCAAGGUGUGGGGGAACCCAGUCACUGUGGAGUGGGCUGACCCUGUUGCUGAGCCAGACCCUGAGGUCAUGGCCAAGGUGAAGGUGCUCUUUGUCAGGAAGCUGGCCACAGCAGUGACCGAAGAGCUCCUUGAAAAGACCUUUUCUCAGUUUGGAAAGCUGGAGCGAGUAAAGAAACUUAAAGACUAUGCUUUUGUCCAUUUUGAAGAAAGGGAUGCUGCUGUAAAGGCAAUGGAUGAGAUGAAUGGGAAGGAGCUAGGAGGAGAAGAAAUUGAGAUUGUCCUGGCAAAGCCCCCAGACAAGAAGAGGAAAGAGCGCCAAGCAGCUCGGCAGACCACCAGGAAUGCAGGGUAUGAUGACUACUACUACUACCCACCUCCACGCAUGCCACCACCAGGCCGAGGUAGGGGUCGUGGUGGCAGAGGGGGCUAUGCUUACCCACCAGAUUACUAUGGAUAUGAAGACUACUAUGAUGACUACUAUGGCUACGACUAUCAUGACUACCGUGGUGGCUAUGAAGACCCCUACUACGGCUAUGAAGAUGUGUACAGCAUGAGAGGCCGUGGUACUCGUCCCAGCAGGGGAGGGCCUCCUCCGCCUAGGGCUCGCGGAGCACCACCGGCACGAGGCCGGGGCGGCUACGCCCAAAGGGGGCCACCCCUUGGUGGUCCAAGGGGUGGCCGAGGAGGGCGGGGAGCCCCUUUCCAGCCGCAGAGGGGCCGUGGUCCUCGUGGGGCCAGGGGCAAUCGCGGGGGAAAUGUCGGCGGAAAGAGGAAGGCGGACGUGUUUAACCAGCCUGACUCCAAGCGCCGCCAGACCAACAACCAACAGAACUGGGGGUCCCAGCCCAUCGCCCAGCAGCCCCUGCAGCAAGGGGCCGACUAUUCCGGUAACUAUGGUUACAGUAAUGACACCAUGGAGUUUUCACAGGAUUCUUAUGGGCAGCAGUGGAAGUAGAUGCACCAAAAGGUAUUUGGCAAAGUGACAACAAAAAAAGAGAAAAACCAUAAAAAGAAAAAAAAAAAAAAACAGGAGAUUGGCCACAAUUUUUUGAUUGACUUUUUAUUCUUCAUCCCUCAUGAAAAAAAAGUCUGUAUAUAUCAAAUGGACAGACCCCAGAAUUGGCUCAAGAUGAUUGGCUGGAAAGCCUUUUGGCUGAAGAAAUGAACGUAACCGUUGUGGUGAAUCAUUUCUUACUCCUACGGUUACAUUGGGACAUGUGUCUUUAAAAAAACACACAAAACACUUUUAUUGUUACUUUUUGUUCCUGAUUCUUUUAAAGCCAACAAUGAACAUUUACAAAAAAGUGGACAUUCAUUCUCAAAAGUCUGAGAGGACAUUAAAUAAUGAUAUUGCCUUGCAGGAAGUUUUUGUCCAUGACCCUCUCCUCCCCUCUCCUUCUUGUACUCCCUUUAUUUGUGGUUUCUCAUAGUUGCUUAGGGACUUGCUUGUAAAUAAAUGCAUAUGGUUAGAGCUUCAUACUUCAUUUUUUGCAAUGGUGGAGAAAAGAAUCCACAGGAAGGAAGAAAUCAAAGUUUUGUAAUGUUCAAAGUGUAUGCCUAGCAUUUCUAGAGGUAGAAAAAUUGUGUUUUUUUAAAACUGAUACCAUAACUUCCUAUGUUUUCUUUGAACUUGCCCAAUAGAAUUUGGUUUGGCUUACCUUAAGAGCCAUAGCAGUUUGUUCUCUGAUGUUCUUUGUAUUUAUAACUUUUACGUUUGUUCCGUUUCAAUAAAACUCAGCUGAGCAUCAGUCAAUUGUCA